AAUCCGGCGACUCUUCCAGAAACGGGAGCUAGGGUUUCGCCUCUCCACCCGGCCCUCUCUCCCGCCUAUUCCUCCUCCGCGCACCAGCGACCCCUCUCCCCGCCGCCAUGGGGACGGAGCGGAAGCGCAAGGUGAGCCUCUUCGACGUUGUCGACGAGACCUCCGUAUCCGCGAAGCUCGGCCGCGCCGGCAUCAAUGGUGCCGCCGCCGCCGCCGCGGCCAAUCCGUCCAUCAACCGGUGGAACGGCCGGCCCUACUCGGCGCGCUACCUAGAGAUCCUCGAGAAGCGCCGCACGCUCCCCGUGUGGCAGCAGAAGGACGAGUUCCUCCGCGUCCUCCGCGACAACCAGACCCUCAUCCUUGUCGGAGAAACCGGAAGUGGCAAGACCACUCAGAUCCCCCAAUUUGUGCUCGAGGCUGAAGGUUUGAGCAACCGUUCUAUGGUUGCCUGCACCCAGCCGCGUAGGGUUGCUGCAAUGUCGGUCUCUCGGCGUGUCGCGGAGGAGAUGGAUGUCACAAUCGGGGAGGAAGUUGGUUACAGUAUCCGAUUCGAAGAUUGCAGCAGUCACAAAACUGUUCUCAAAUAUUUGACAGAUGGUAUGCUUCUGAGAGAAGCAAUGGCAGACCCACUUUUAGAGAGGUACAAGGUGAUUGUUCUUGACGAGGCUCAUGAGCGCACGUUGGCAACGGAUGUUCUGUUUGGGCUUCUGAAGGAAGUUCUAAAGAACAGGCCUGACUUGAAGCUUGUUGUUAUGAGUGCUACUCUUGAGGCAGAGAAGUUUCAGGGUUAUUUCAGUGGUGCACCAUUGAUGAAAGUUCCUGGUAGACUUCAUCCGGUUGAGAUCUUCUAUACUCAGGAACCAGAAAGGGACUAUCUAGAAGCUGCUAUCAGGACAGUUGUGCAGAUACAUAUGUGUGAACCUGCUGGUGAUAUCCUUGUAUUCCUUACUGGAGAAGAGGAGAUUGAGGAUGCGUGUCGGAAAAUAAACAAGGAAGUUAAUAACAUGGGUGAUCAGGUUGGCCCAGUUAAAGUCGUGCCGUUGUACUCUACUCUCCCCCCUGCAAUGCAGCAGAAGAUUUUUGACCCUGCUCCACCUCCAUUGAAAGAGGGAGGUCCUGCUGGAAGGAAAAUUGUUGUGUCCACAAACAUUGCUGAGACAUCCCUAACCAUCGAUGGUAUAGUGUAUGUUAUAGAUCCAGGGUUUUCCAAACAGAAGGUUUACAAUCCAAGGAUAAGGGUGGAAUCCCUUUUGGUGUCUCCAAUUUCCAAGGCAAGUGCGCAUCAGAGAGCUGGUCGUGCUGGAAGAACACAGCCUGGGAAGUGCUUCAGGUUGUACACAGAGAAGAGUUUUAAUGGUGAUUUACAGCCUCAGACCUACCCAGAAAUUCUUCGGUCAAACCUGGCGAAUACAGUUCUUACUCUGAAGAAGCUUGGAAUUGAUGAUUUGGUGCAUUUUGACUUCAUGGAUCCUCCUGCACCCGAAACUCUAAUGAGGGCCUUGGAAGUUCUGAACUACUUGGGGGCACUCGACGAUGAAGGCAACCUAACAUCUUUAGGUGAAAUGAUGAGUGAGUUCCCCUUAGACCCACAGAUGUCAAAGAUGCUUGUCAUCAGUCCAAGGUACAACUGUUCAAAUGAGAUCCUCUCAAUAUCUGCCAUGCUAUCAGUACCCAAUUGCUUUCUCCGGCCUAGGGAGGCACAAAAGGCUGCUGAUGAGGCGAAGGCUCGAUUUGGGCACAUCGAUGGGGAUCAUCUGACACUUUUGAACGUGUACCAUGCAUACAAGCAAAACAAUGAGGAUCCUACAUGGUGUUAUGAGAAUUUUGUCAAUGCCCGGGCGAUGAAGUCUGCUGAUAAUGUUAGACAACAACUUGUCCGCAUCAUGACCAGAUUCAACCUCAAGAUGUGCAGUACAGACUUCAACAGUCGUGAGUACUAUGUCAACAUCAGGAAAGCAAUGCUUUCAGGGUACUUUAUGCAGGUUGCUCAUCUGGAGCGAACUGGGCAUUACUUAACCGUAAAGGAUAAUCAGGUUGUCCAUCUUCAUCCCUCGAAUUGCAUGGACCAUAAGCCGGAGUGGGUCAUCUACAAUGAAUAUGUUUUGACCACCAGGAAUUUCAUCCGCACAGUCACCGAUAUCCGUGGAGAGUGGCUUAUCGAUAUAGCUCCACAGUACUAUGAUCUGACCAAUUUCCCAUCAUGCGAGGCCAAGCGUGUUCUUGAGAGGCUACACAAUAAGAGGGAGAGGGAAAGUGCUGCUAGUAGGAACUGAAUUGAUGUCAUUCUUCUGGUCCCUUGGAUGGCAGCGCUGCCAAAGGCUUUGGACAUCACUGUUGGCCUCCACCAUUGUCAUGAUAUCUUCCAUGUCGUAGUUUUUCAGUAUUGUGGACGGUGAAAUCACUAUAUACGACAUAUGUCAAAUGUCCCUCUGCUACUGCAUUACGAAUUAGAUGCUUGUUUUCCCUCUGUUUUAGAAGGUGUAGGUUAUCAUACAUUAAUUAUGUGUCGGUCUCCAUAUUUUUGGUGUAUCAAACGCUGUUGUUUACUUUGUACUUCAGCAUCCUUUUGGCUAGUUUUCACGGAAUUACUGA